GUGUUAUUAUGUCGUAUAAUACUACUAUCAUCCUCCGAUUCAAACCCUUUCAAUUCCUUGCCAAUCGUCUUUAUUCAUCCUCUACCAUUUCUCACUAUCUCCAUCUUCGCAUCAACUCCUUCCUCGCCACUUCUUCACUCUCCGCCCUUCCUUCCCUUCUUCAGUACCACGCUUAUCUAAUCUCGACUGGCCAUUCCAACAAUAUUUUCAUAGCUGCAAAGCUCAUCUCUCUUUACUCCUUCCUCAGAGAGCCCAGCUUGUCGCGUAAGGUAUUUGACCCACUUCGUCUUAAGGACACCUUUCUAUGGAACUCUAUCAUUAAGGCUUACUUCUCAAAUGGGGAAUACACUGAAGCGAUUCGCUGCUAUUGCUUCAUGCAAUCAUCUAAUGUACCCAUAAAUGAUUUCACACUGCCUAUGGUUGUUACUUCCUGUGCCGAAGAUUUGGCAACGAUACAUGGCACUAGCAUACAUGGGUUCGUCUUAAAGACUGCGGCUUUUAAUGGGAAUUCCGCCAUUGGUUCUUCUUUCGUGUAUAUGUAUUCAAAGUUCGGAUGUAUGGAGGAUGCAGCUGUUGUGUUCGAUGAAAUUACCAUGAAAGAUGUGGUGGCUUGGACGGCUCUUGUUGUUGGAUAUGUGCAGAAUGGUGAAAGUGAGAAGGGUUUGGAAUGUAUUGUUGUGAUGCAUAGGAUUGAUGAGUAUGAUGAGAAACCCAACUUCAGAACAUUAAAUGGAGGUUUCAAGGCUUGUGGAGACUUGGGGGCUUUGAUAGAAGGCAAGUGCUUACACGGUUUAGCCACCAAAAGUGGAGUUACUUCAUUUCCAGUUAUUAAAUCUUCACUCCUCUCUAUGUAUUCUAAAUGUGGGAGCAUUCGGGAAUCGUAUCUCUCAUUCUCUGAAGUUCCAGACAAAGAUAUUGUUUCUUGGACAUCUAUGCUUGGUGCAUAUGCUCGAUUAGGGCGUCUGAAUGAAUGCUUGGAUCUAUAUUUGGAAAUGCAGGCUGCCGGAGUAGAUCCAGAUGAGAUUGCUAUCAGUUGUGUGCUUUCCGGUUUCAGUCAUUCCUCGAGACUCUCUGAUGGUAAGGCCUUUCAUGGAAUUAUUACAAAAAAAAAUAUAUUGAGCCGAGCGUUGAAGAAUGCUCUUAUGUCAAUGUAUUGCAAGUUUGGACAAUUAGCUCUUGCAGAGAAGCUUUUUGACAAACUACAUGACAGGGACAAAGAAUCCUGGAACAUCAUGGUUCUCCAGUAUGGUAAGGCUGGUGAGGCACUAAAAUGUAUUGAACUGUUCAGAGACAUGAUAGUUGUAGACAUUGAACUUGAUUCCAAAGUUUUUUCAUCUGUAAUUUCGUCAUGUUCACGGUUGGCAUCUGCAUAUUUAGGCCGAUCAGUUCAUGGAUAUGCUAUUAGACAUUUGCGGCAUGAGCAUACCUCAAUUGCCAAUGCACUCAUAGAUAUGUACGGUAAAAGUGGAUAUUUCACAAUUGCUUCGAGAAUUUUUUAUAAUGUGGAUCAGGAUACUAGUACAUGGAAUGCCUUGAUUUCAUCUUAUGCUCAUAAUGAGUUAUUUGUUGAGGCUUUGAGCAUUUUUGACAAUAUGCUUACGGAGGGUUUUAUGCCAAAUGAUGCUACACUGGUCAGUGUUCUCUCUGCAUGUUCUCAUACUGCUUCACUAAACAAGGGAGAAGAAAUUCACAAUCUUGCCAAAGAUGGAGGUUUUGUAACAAAAAUAUCCGUUGCAACUGCUCUAGUAGACAUGUAUGCAAAAUGUGGGCAACUUGAGAAAUCAAGAGAAAUAUUUGAAGCUAUGCAAGAAAAAGAUGUUGUUUCUUGGAAUGUCAUGAUCUCAGGUUAUGGUUUGCAUGGAGAUGCUGAAUCUUCCUUACAGAUUUUUCAGAAAAUGGAGCAUUCAGGUAUGAGGCCAAAUGGACUUACCUUUCUGGCUGUUUUAUCAGCAUGUGCUCACGCAGGGCUUGUUGAAGAAGGUAAGAGCCUCUUCUUUAGAAUGAGAGACCAUUCUCUGUCUCCCACAUUGAAGCAUUAUGCUUGUAUGGUAGACCUUCUUGGGAGAUCGGGCAAUCUACAGGAGGCAGAAGCUUUACUUCUUUCAAUCCCUACUACUGCUGAUGGAGUUCUAUGGGGUGCUCUGUUAAGUGCUUGCAAAACUCACAAUGAUCCCAAGAUGGGUAUAAGGAUUGCAAAGCAUGCUAUUGAAGCGGAUCCCACAAAUGAUGGGUACUAUGUUAUAAUUUCUGACCUAUAUACAUCGCUAGGAAUGUGGCAGGAGGUAGAAAGGACGAGGACAUUAAUGAUGGAAAAUAGGAUCAGGAAGAACGCAGGUUGGAGCAAAUUGUGAGUUAUGAGAAAUCAUUGUCUUCUUUUAGUGGCUGGGAAUUGGAGUAAAUUCUAGUCAUGCUCAUGCCCAGUCGGAACAACUGCAUUAGCUUUAACGGCUAAAAUACAUGCAUCGGCCUUGAAAUGAUGUCUGGCCGAUGUCUGGCCAGCAGUUUUGACCCCUUUUUAGUAGUAUGGAUCAAAGUGUGAAGGGUUCAUGGCGGUGGGAUGAUGUGCUGGUCUCGAAAAAAAGUAGUCUUUGGAAAAAAACUUGUGGGACGUUUGGGGUUGUUUGAAGAAUCCCAAAUAAUUUUUUCAAAACAAGAAAGUGUCAAUGUGGAUGGAUUUUUUGUCUUCUGCUUUUUCCAUGGAUGAAUAAGGUACCUAGAAUCUGAAGAAAUAAGAUUUGGCUGCUUCUAAGAGACAAAAGCUGGAGAAGAGUGACAACUACAAUGGCUGUUUGGAGGAGAAAUGGAAUUACAGAUGUAGCCAAUUGGAGCAUUAAUUUUGUUAUUAUUAUUUCUUCACGAUGAAUGGAAUCAACUGAAUCCCAAAUUAAGGGAUUUGGGGAAGAGAGAUACAAAAGUGGUGUUCCUAUUCCUAGCUAGCUUAGCUAGGAUGGGGUACCAAAAUUAACCAAAUUAUUAGAUAGCUAUAGAGUAUAGACCUUUCAAUGGUUCUAUUAUUUAUCUAUAAUAAAUAGAGGGAACCUA